AUGAAAAUGAUUAGCGGCAGUGCUCGAGUCUGCCCAUCGGCAUCCCCGGCCGCCAUCCGGGGGCGACGUUCCGUUGCAUUUUGGUUCUUUGUCCCGCUGCUCGUCCUCGGCGGUUUGCUGAUCGAUCAGACUCACGGACAGUCAGCGGGUACUGGAGAUGAUGCCGGUUCGCAGUGCGUGUGGUAUGGCAUCUGUAAUGUGGAUUCGCUCAACCGAGCGCAAUACUGCCCGUACAAUGGUACGGCUAAGCCAGCCGAAACCAAGACGAAGGAACUGUUGAAGGUGUGGUGUAAACAUCUCCUGGUCGAGGACUCGACGGGCAGCGUGAACACAUGUUGCGAUGCGGCACAGGUUGAGGUGCUUAACAAAAACGUGGCCCUGGCAGCCAACUUCCUCUCAAGAUGCCCAUCGUGCAUGGCGAAUCUGGUGCGGCAUAUGUGCGACUUUACCUGCAGCACGCAGCAGGCCAGCUUCAUGAAGGUGGUCUCGACGGAGGAAGUCGACGGUGAUGCCGAUGCCGAGCCAGGCGAAUCGGAAUCCCAACCUGGUGCUGACGCAACGAUCGCUCCAACCCCGAAGGAGUACAUCACCAAGAUCGAUAUCCACAUCACGCAGCAGUAUCUUAACGGAACGUUCGAGUCUUGCAAUCAGGUGUCGGUACCAUCGACAGGUCAGCUGGCGCUUGAUCUGAUGUGCGGAGACUGGGGCGCAUCUCGAUGCAGUGCCUCCAAAUGGUUCUUCUACAUGGGUGACGCCGAGAACAACCUGUACGUCCCGUUCCAGAUCGACUACGUGGCGCACGGAUCACCGAACGAAACCAUCGAUGGUUUUCUGCCGUGGAAUCCGCGCAUCGUGCCUUGCAGUGAAAAGUUGGAUGCCAACACUCCAGCCUGUUCUUGCGUCGAUUGCGAGGCGUCCUGUCCUAAACCACCACCACCACCUAGUCCACCGCAGCCGUUCGUCAUCUACAACAUGGAUGGAUACGCGGUGGUCAUGUUUGUGGUAUUUGUUGUUUGCAGCGGCCUAUUCCUGAUCGGUGCCUGUCUUUGUCACUCUGGCAGCGGUACUAGCAGCGGUAAUGGCAGCGGUGCAAAACUGUUGGUAAAUAGUGGUGACGCGGUGCCAUCGGGCCUGCGGUCUACCGUGGGCCGCAGGUUGGCCGGUGGGCUCUCCUCUAACAGUGGCGAUCUGGGCACGGAUCGGGAAGACUCACCGCUACAGUCGAAACGAUCGAGUGCAACCUGGGACGGUGAGCAAGAACUGCGGCCACAUCCAUCCAGCGUGGCAGCCGGCGAUGAGGACGAUGACGAAUCGGGCUACUUUGAACGACUUGGAGCGAAGACGGAAACCGCCCUGGAGCAUUUCUUCACUGCUUGGGGAACUACAUGCGCCAAACAUCCGUGGCUUGUACUGUUCGGAGGUCUCGUUUUCAUCGUGGCAAUGGGUAUGGGAAUUAAUUUUCUGCGAGUCACAACCAACCCGGUCGAACUGUGGGCCUCACCCUAUUCGCGAUCACGCGUUGAGCGCGAGUAUUUCGACUCCACCUUUGAGCCGUUUUACCGUAUUGAGCAGAUCAUCAUCAAAGCGGAGAACAUUAGCAACGUAAUGCACAACACGUCGAACGGCGUUAUUCAGUUUGGGCCCGUGUUCAAUCGGCAGUUCCUGCUGAACGUGUUCGAUCUCCAGGAGCAGAUCAAGAAAAUCCAGGCCACGCGUGCCGAUGCCAGUAACGAAACGAUCGGAUUCAAAGAUAUCUGCAUCGCGCCGCUCAGUUCCAGCUACGCCGGACCGGUUCAAACGAAGGAUUGUGUAGUUCAAUCGUUGUGGGGUUACUUCUCGGACGACAUGGACAAUUUUAACGACGAGGAGGAGGAUAGCCAAGGCUUCGUGGUGAACUAUCUGGACAAGAUGGUACAGUGCUUCGGGAACUAUUACAAUCCAGCCUGCUUGGCACCGUACGGUGGCCCAAUCGAUCCGGCCAUCGCGCUCGGUGGUAUCCCGCAACCGAAAACGCCCGACGAGAAGCCAAGCUACACGGAAGCGAGUGCCGUCAUCUUGACGUUCCUGGUGCGAAACUAUCAUGACAAGGACAAGCUGCAGCCCGCACUGGCCUGGGAAACGGAAUACGUGCGUUUCAUGAAGAACUGGACGCGCGAGAACAUGAGCAUCGCGUUCACGUCCGAGCGCUCGAUCGAGGAUGAGCUGGCGCGCGAGUCACAGUCGGAUGUUUCGACCAUUCUGGUGUCGUAUAUCAUCAUGUUCGCGUACAUUGCGAUCUCGCUAGGACACGUAAACCAGUGGAGCCGAGCGCUGAUUGACUCGAAGGUGACACUCGGUCUGGGUGGUGUGGCGAUUGUGCUCGCUUCUGUCGUAGCCUCGGUGGGCAUAUUCGGCUACAUCGGUGUCCCGGCGACUCUCAUCAUCGUGGAGGUGAUUCCAUUCCUCGUGCUGGCCGUUGGUGUCGACAACAUCUUCAUCCUGGUGCAGACACACCAGCGUGAUACGAAAAAACCCACUGAAACGCAUGCCGAACACAUUGGGCGCAUCCUUGGACGCGUGGGUCCCUCGAUUCUGCUGACAUCGGUCAGCGAAAGUUGCUGCUUUUUCCUCGGUGGACUGUCCGACAUGCCAGCCGUGCGUGCGUUCGCGCUGUACGCCGGUAUGGCGUUGCUGAUUGAUUUCUUCCUGCAAAUCACGUGCUUUGUGAGCUUGUUGGCACUGGACACGAUCCGUCAGGCGGACAAUCGGCUGGAUGUGUUUUGCUUCCUGCGCGGCUCGAAGAAGGAUGCUCCCGGCAUAAUCGGAGAGGGUCUGCUGUACAAGUUCUUCAAAAACAUCUACGUACCGUUUGUGAUGCGUAAGCCGGUCCGGGUAGCGGUUAUGAUCGUGUUUUUCGGCUGGCUGUGUUCUAGCAUCGCCGUUGCGCCGCACAUCGACAUCGGUCUGGAUCAGGAGCUUUCGAUGCCGGGUGACAGCUUCGUGUUGAAGUAUUUCCGGUACCUGCAGCAAUAUCUGAGUAUCGGACCGCCAGUAUACUUCGUAGUGAAGAGCGGACUAAACUAUUCGACUAUGCACGAUCAGAAUCUUAUCUGCGGUGGGCAAUAUUGUAAUCUCGACAGCUUGUCGACUCAGCUGUACAUCGCGAGCAAACAACCACAGUCGUCGUAUCUAGCACGACCACCAUCCUCCUGGCUAGAUGACUACAUCGAUUGGUCGGCUGCACCCGGAUGCUGCAAACAGUGGGGCAACGGAAGUUUCUGUCCGCAUCAAAAGAGUGCAUGCGAUGCUUGCGAUGUAUCGCUGACUCCACAAAAGAGACCGGCAGAAAACAGCUUCCGCCAUUACGUUUCAUUCUUCCUCGAAGACAAUCCGGACGAGGCGUGUGCCAAAGCGGGACAUGCCGCAUACGGAAGUGGCGUUAAGUAUCGGCCUGAUGCAUCGUCCGCUACGUACAACGACGUUGGUGCAUCAUUCUUCAUGGCUUAUCACACGAUCUUGAAAUCUUCAUCUGACUACUACGAAGCACUUCGUUCGGCACGGAAAAUAUCCAGUAACAUCACGAGCACGAUCCACGCCAAUCUUCGGUUGCAGGGACGCAACGAGGCGGACAUUCAGCAGAUCGAGGUUUUCCCGUAUUCGGUGUUUUACGUAUUUUACGAACAGUACCUAACGAUGUGGCCUGACACUCUGAAGAGCAUGGGCAUCUCGGUGCUGGCCAUUUUCAUCGUCACGUUCCUGCUGAUGGGUUUCGACAUACAUUCGUCGUUGGUGGUGGUGAUCACCAUCACCAUGAUCGUGAUUAACAUCGGUGGGUUGAUGUACCACUGGAACAUAUCACUCAACGCCGUAUCGCUCGUGAAUCUCGUGAUGGCGGUCGGCAUCAGCGUCGAGUUCUGUUCACAUCUUGUGCACAGCUUCUCCAUGUCGGUGGAGGAAACCCGCGAAAAGCGUGCGGCCGACGCGCUCACCAAGAUGGGCAGCUCCGUGUUCUCCGGUAUCACGCUCACGAAGUUCGGUGGCAUUCUUGUGCUCGGUUUCGCGCACAGCCAGAUCUUCCAGGUGUUCUACUUCCGCAUGUACUUGGGCAUUGUACUGUAUGGUGCCGCCCAUGGGCUUGUGUUCCUGCCGGUGCUUCUAAGCUAUAUCGGCGUGAUGCACCGCCGAAGACGAGCCAAUAACGACGCCACAAUCGCUCCACACCACCCCAGUGCUCAUGAAAUCGAUGAGGAACCAAAUAUGGAGCAGGAUGCAGCGUACUACGACGAUCGACAAUCUCCCGACUUCCAUGCCGACAAUGAGCACCACGACGACCUUCAGCGACCGCACGCAUCGCAUUAUCCUGCGACUCACCAAGAGCAAGAAAAACGUAGAGCAGGAGGAAGAGGAGGAGAGCGAGGAUCAGAUACAGCAGGUGGAAGAGAUCGGCACUGGCCAGCAGCGGGACCGACCUAUUCCGGUCAACAACAAACCCGAACCACACUCGAGGUCCACGUCCGGCACAACGUUCCUCCGGGAGAGGAUACGGAAGAGCUUACCGAGCCUCUUUUGCAGCAAGCAUCUCCCAGCAAGCCGAGCCCCACGCGCGGAUCUGUAAGUGAGCAACCGAAAUCUACCACGGACGAACACCAGCAUCGCCCAGCAACAGUCCCGGCCCCAGCGACCGCGCUGGCAUCGAAGCUUUCGCCUUCGUCAUCCAUUUCAUCGUCCUCGCUGUCUUCGAAGGCGUCGAAAGCGUCCAAAACCUCCAGCAAGCAUCGGUUACGGAAGAGCCGCUCGAAGGACGCGCAAACGGAAAUCGAACACCCGAAAGCGCCCCUGGUGGUGGCGGAAGAUUCCGAAGAUUUGGACGGGGACGAUGACGACCAGGAAAGUGAACGAGAUAGUAGAGCGAAUGUGUCUCCGCGCGGUAGCAAUAAUGGUGAUGUCACGAACGAAAACUACGGUGAACCGGAUGGAAGUGCGGACGGAAGAACGCUGAAAUCGUCAUCGUCUUCUCGCUCAACGAUGGCUCCCCGGGGGCGGUAAAAAAUAACACACAUUUAAGAACAGGGCCAAGGAGCAAUUUUCGCGAUAUGACAAAUCAUUGCAGGGCAAGUGAGUUAAGAGAGACAGAUGAUACGACGAAGCGCAUAGUGGUGUUUUUUUUGUAUUUUGGGUGGUGCGUGGGAAAUCAUAUUUGCGGAAAAACUAUCGCAACGGAAAGCAGAAUAACCUAUGUUCAAUCGAAUAUAUUACAUAUAAGUACACGGAUUUCACCCGACUAUUCGAUGGACGGCUCGCUGGAAGAUACCGGUCCGAUGACCAAACUCUAUGAGCUUGGAGUCGGUCUAUAAUAUGUUAUGUGUC